AUUGGAGUUGUUUUCAUUUUAAGUACAAAAGAAGAAAUUGAUGGAAAUGAAGAUGCUGGAAUAGCGCUUUGGAGAGCUUUUAACUACAUCGCAGAGGAGACUGACACCUCUCAAGCCUUUACCUCAAUAAUUAAUAUGUACCAUGAAGUGGAAGAUGGAAAAGUUCUGACAGUAAAUCACGUGAAAAAUGUUCUUGGACGUGAAUUCCCCUAUGCUGAUGUUCAGAGUAUAUUAGGUGUUCACUCUGAAUAUGAUGAAGGAAGGAAGGCAGGAGCAACCUUUUAUAAGAAGACUGGCCUGGGUCCAUUGCCUCAAGCUCUGUUUAAUGGUGUGCCCUUUAACAGAGAAGAGAUGGAUGGUACAGAAUUAGAGACAGUUAUUCUCCAGAGGAUUAUUGAUGCCACUGGGUUCUUCCAGAGGGCAGUUUUCAUGGGUUUGUUGAAUGAUCAUGUAAAUGCAAUAGAUUUUCUUAUGGAACAGCACAAUGUAGUUUCUCGUAUAAACCCGACCGUUCUUGGAGCAGAAAGAAAAUACAUACAUCUCAGAUCCACAUCUGUUCCCUUUGAUGUGCAAGACUUCUCUACUUUCUCCUUUUUGGACUCACAAGACAAGACUGCUGUAAUUUCAGAUGGCAUGAAGUAUUUAACAAAAAAAGAUGAAGAUAUAUUACAUGCUGUUACUAUCUGGAUUGUUGCUGAUUUUGAUAAGCCAGCAGGGAGAAAACUGCUUUCUAAUGCCUUGAAACACCUGAAAACAAGCAGACAUACACGAGUGGGGAUUUUGAACAAUCCUGCAUCAAAAAUAAAGGAAGAUAACACAGCCAUUGCAAGAGGAAUUUUGACAGCUUUUUUAACCCAAAACAACAGCAACCUAAGAGGUUUCCUAAGUAAACUCAUAAAGGAAGAGACAGCAAAAUCCCUUGCUGCUGGAACUAAAAUUACUAAGCUUCUCAUGCCAGGAAUGGAUGGUGAUACUUUUGAGAAGAAGUACAACACUUUAGGACUGGAUAUAAUUAAAACACACCAGAUGUUUUGCCAGGAGGUUCUUAAACUGCUUCCUGGGCAAAUGGCUGUUAUCAGCAAUGGUAGGAUACUGGGUCCUUUAGAUGAAAAUGAAUUCUAUGCAGAAGACUUUCAGUUGUUGGAAAAAAUAACAUAUGCCACCUCAGCAGAGAAGAUUAAAACUAUUGUCAAAGAGAUGGGAAUCAGUGCUAAAAGUGGCAGUGAUUUGAUUAUGAAAAUAGAUGCCCUACUGUCAUCUUUGCCUAAAACAGAGAUGAGACAAGAUGUGGAAUUACUCAAAGAACAGCACAGUGUAGUAAAAAUAGAUCCUGAACAGAAUCAACCAUUCUAUGAUGUUAUUGCUAUUGUUGAUCCAUUGACAAGAGAAGCACAGAAGAUGGCUCACUUAUUGAUUGUGCUCAAAGACGUUAUAAAUAUGAGACUCAGGUUGUUUCUGAACUGCAGAUCUAAGCUGUCCGAAGUGCCACUGAAGAGCUUCUAUCGGUUUGUUCUGGAGCCAGAAUUAACUUAUGGAAUCAACAACCACCUUCCAUCUGAACCUGUGGCCAAGUUCCUAGAAUUGCUAGAGUCACCCCUUUUGACUUUAAAUAUGAUCACUCCUGAGAGCUGGUUGGUUGAAGCAGUGAACAGUUCCUGUGAUCUUGAUAACAUCCACUUGCAGGAUAUAAAAGGGAACGUUAUAGCAGAAUAUGAACUAGAAAAUAUAUUGCUCGAAGGACACUGCUUUGAUGUGACGACCGGACAACCUCCUCGGGGGUUACAGUUCACUUUGGGCACAAAGAAUAAUCCUGUCAUAGUCGAUACUAUAGUGAUGGCCAAUCUGGGAUAUUUUCAGCUGAAAGCAAAUCCAGGUGCUUGGACACUGAGAUUGCGUAAAGGAAGAUCUGAAGAGAUUUAUCAUGUUUUUUCACACGAAGGAACAGACUCUGAGGCUGACCUGGCAGAUGUUAUUGUGGUAUUAAACAGCUUCAGAAGCAAAAUUAUCAAAGUCCAAGUACAGAAAAAGUCUGAUAAAAUGAAUGAAGAGCUCCUCACUGAUGGCAUAACAGAAAAAAAAGGACAUUUGGACUCAGUUACAAGUUUUUCAGAAGAAAUUCCAACAGAAGAGAUGGAAAAGAGAAGUGAUAUUCUUAAUAUUUUUUCAGUUGCUUCAGGACAUCUAUAUGAACGUUUUUUAAGAAUAAUGAUGCUUUCUGUUCUGCGCCAUACAAAAACACCUGUUAAAUUUUGGUUUCUGAAAAACUAUCUCUCCCCGACAUUCAAGGAAGUUAUCCCUCACAUGGCUAAGAAGUACGGAUUCAAGUAUGAGUUAGUGCAGUACAAGUGGCCCCGCUGGUUGUAUCAACAGACAGAAAAGCAAAGAAUUAUCUGGGGCUACAAAAUUCUUUUUUUGGAUGUUCUUUUCCCUUUGGCUGUGGAUAAAAUAAUAUUUGUCGAUGCUGAUCAGAUUGUGCGAAGUGACUUGAAAGAACUUAGAGAUCUGAAUCUAAAUGGAGCUCCCUAUGGAUACACUCCUUUCUGUGACAGCCGUAGAGAAAUGGACGGGUACCGUUUCUGGAAGUCGGGAUACUGGGCAUCACAUCUUGGGAAAAGGAAAUACCACAUUAGUGCCUUAUAUGUCGUGGAUCUGAAGAAGUUCCGGAAGAUUGCGGCAGGAGACAGGCUCCGGGGCCAGUACCAGGCUCUUAGUCAAGAUCCAAACAGUCUGUCCAAUCUAGAUCAGGAUCUGCCCAAUAAUAUGAUUCAUCAAGUAGCUAUUAAGUCUCUCCCUCAGGAAUGGCUUUGGUGUGAGACCUGGUGUGAUGAUGAAUCCAAGAAAAAGGCUAAAACAAUAGACUUGUGCAACAAUCCCCAAACCAAAGAACCCAAGUUACAGGCUGCUGCCAGGAUAGUUCCUGAGUGGGUUGAGUAUGACUCUGAGAUACGGAAGUUAAUAGAAAAAAUCGAAGCAGAGAAUAAAAAUGGAACAUCAUUCUUUCAAAAAGGUUUUAAGCACGAUGAACUUUAGCAUCACCUGUAAACAGCCACGGUGACAGCUCAGGAGUUUUCUGUGGAAGACCGAAUGGAAGAUGUGAAUAUU